GAGUGAUCAACUUUUAUACUUCCAAGUCCACAGCUUAUAUCACAUAGGUCAUUGUUGUCAAAGCAUUGAACAAUUGAAUUUCUUUCAUCUUCUUUGUGCAGUACUAGUAUUUAUCACUAUCAAACUUCUGUUGUGUACUAAUGGGUUCACAGUCACAGCAGCUUCACUUUGUUAUGAUCCCCUUCCUGAGUCCAGGCCACCUUCUUCCAAUGAUUGAUAUUGCCAAGCUGCUGGCCCAACGCCAUGUCAUUGUAACAAUUGUCACAACGCCUCGCAAUUCAGUCCGCUUUGGUGCAGUCAUUAAUCGGGCCAUUGAUUCCGGGCUCCCCAUCCGUCUUCUUGAAGUCCAAUUUCCAUCUGUUGAAUCUGGUUUACCCGAGGGAUGUGAAAGCUUUGAUGAACUGCCCUCUUAUAGUUUGACCAUCAACUUUUUUUCUGCAAAAAGUAUGUUACAAGAGCCUGUGGAAAAACUUCUUGGAGAGGUAAGGCCUCCUCCAAGCUGCAUAUUGUCUGAUAAACACGUGUUCUGGACCGCAAAAACUGCAGAGAAGUUUCUGAUUCCUUGGAUUAUUUUUGAUGGAAUGAGUUGUUUCACACAGCUAUGCACAGAAAUGCUGUCAACUUCAAAAGUGCACGAGAAAGUCUCUAACUCGGAGCCCUUUUUAGUUCCUGGUUUACCUGAUCCCAUUGAAUUUACCAAACCCCAGUUGCCUGGUUUAUUCAAUCCUGGUUCUGCUUCCGAUUCUGUGAACGUUAUACGCAAACAGAUAAGAGAAACUGAAGUAGGAGCCUAUGGGGUUGUGAUUAACAGCUUUGAAGAGUUGGAAAAAAAUUAUGUUGAUGAGUUUAAAAAGUUGAAACGAGAUAAAGUUUGGUGUGUUGGCCCUCUAUCUUUAUGCAACAAAGAUAACUUAGAUAAGGCUCAAAGAGGAAACAAUGUUAUCAAUGAUCAUCACAAAUGCUUGAAUUGGCUUGACCUUCAGAAACCUGCCUCUGUUAUCUAUGUAUGUCUCGGAAGCCUGAGCAGUCUUGCAGUUACACGUGGACAGCUGAUAGAGCUUGCAUUAGGCUUGGAGGCAUCUGAACAUCCAUUCGUGUGGGCAUUAAGGGCUGGAACUAAACAAGAAGAGAUUGAGAAAUGGAUAGUAGAAGAUGGAUUUGAGGAAAGAGUAAAAGGACGAGGCCUUUUAAUUCGUGGUUGGGCUCCCCAAGUUCUGAUUUUGUCACACUUUGCAAUUGGAGGGUUCUUGAGCCAUUGUGGUUGGAAUUCGACGAUUGAAGGAAUUUGUGCUGGAGUUCCCCUAAUCACAUGGCCAAUGUUUGCAGAGCAGUUUUUUAACGAGAAGUUAUUAGUGCAAGUUGUAGAGACUGGUGUGAGUGUCGGGAGUAAGAUGGUUGUGCAGUUGGGUGAGGAAGAGAAGACCGGAGUGCAUGUGAAAAGAGAAGAUGUUGAAAGGGCUAUAAAGUGCAUAAUGAAUGGGGGAGAAGAAGGGGAAGUUAGAAGAAGAAAAGCAAGGGAGUACGCGGAGAAGGCAGCUAAGGCUGUAGAAGAAGGAGGCUCUUCUUAUUACAAUAUAACCCUGCUAAUUGAGGACAUUAUGAAACAAACUAAGUGAUCUAAUAAAUAAAGAGCAAAGGCACACCCCGGGUAAUUAAUUUAUGUAAUCGUGGUAUUUCAUCACGGAUAUGUUAGGGUUGCUUAGCAUUUGUGUACGCCCAUUUGUGUUAAAAAUUUGAUUUUCAAGUAAUUAACAAUCCUCCUUGAGCUGCA